AUAAAGUUUCAAUUAAGAGGCCUUUGAUUGUUGAUAUUAUACAAAUAGUAGAACUCAUUUAUAGGAGGAUUUGUUUACAUCGGAAGUUGUACGGUCCAAGAUGUCUGUCAUAACAAAAGUGCCCGAACCAAAUAUUUUUGAUCAAAUAUGUAAAGAAUUUUCUGGGUUCAAAGGAUAUAGAGAUGAUGAUGAAGUUUCAGUUGCCACCGACUACCAGGACUAUGAUCCAGCCAAACACAACCCCGUGUUUUAUGGCAAGAUGCACUACCCUGUUAAUGUAGACAGUGAUGUACGGGAAGACGUUGAUCCAGCUGUUACACAUCCAUCUGUGAUUGGUUAUUCAUUUACAGAGAAACCACCAAAAACACCUCCACCCCCACCACCACCAGUUCCAUCUAAAGAAGAGUGUUCACCAAGAGAAUAUUUGCAACACUAUGUUUUUCCAGUGUUGGUACCUGCAAUGGAGGAAAUGUUAAGACAGGCUAAAAAGGAAAAAUGUUUUGAGAGAAAGAGAACAAAAUUCAAUGCUUUAGAUUUUGUGACUGAGUUCUUGUACAACCACAACCCUAACCAGCUGGAAAGAUCCAAAACACAAUUAGAAAACAUUUCUUUUGUGAAAGAAUGGCUAAAAGAUCACCCACGUCCACCACUACCAUUGUCUCUUAUCUGGACGGAGGAAGAAGCUGCACUUAAAAUACAAUCUUUCUGGAGGGGUUAUUUAAUACGGCGCGAACCAGAGGUACAAGAGUUAAGACAGUGGCAAGCAGAGUGGAGGGAGGAAAAUGGAGGCAUCAAAGAUAAAGUUACGGACUUCUGGGAAAAGAAAAUGCCAGAUUCUCCAAAAGUAUCAAAUGAUUCCUUAAAUAAAGACACUAAAAUUGGGGAGGCAGAGCAAGAUAAAUCCUCAUAACCUACUCAUAUUUCUGUUAUAAGUUACUGACAAUAUGCCUUUAGCAUGAAUACUUUCCCAUGUGGUGAAUCCUUGAAUUGUUUUAAAUAAAUUAUAUACUUUAUUUCAUGUACAUGUAUAUUUUAUUAUGAUUUCAAUCUGUGAUAAACUUUUUUUCAAAAUU